AUGGCUUUGAAGACCAGAUCAUUGAACCCAGCGACUGGCAAACCCUUGAUAAAGAGCUUAAAGGCCGGAAAGAAUCGUUCUUGGGAGUCAUACAGUGAAGGCUUCACCCACGGGUUCGUCCUGGAAUUUGAGAACCAAGAUGAUCUGGACUUUUAUCUUACCAAAGAGCCUGUACAUAUUCAGUUCUCGAAAGACGCUGGACCCUUGAUCGAGGACUCUUGUGUUAUUGAUAUCAAGGAUGGCGUUCUUUUCGGUUCUCCGGCAAAGCGUCCACUCAGCCAGGGCGAGUAUCAAGGAUCUUGUCAUUGUGGAGGAAUCAGUUGGACGGCCAAGUUGAGUACUGCAGAACAUGUUCUGUGUCAUUGUUCUACCUGUCAGAAGUUGGGAGGUGGCCCGUAUAGCUGCAAUCAGAUCAUUCCGAAAGACGACCUCAAGAUUGUGAGCGGGACACCGAACGUAUACACAUACAUCGGCGCAUCAGGCAAGUCAGUACGAUGCUACUUUUGCGGAACCUGCACUUCACACAUCUACCACCAUCAGGACGUUAUGCCAGACAAGAUCAUUGUGCGUACACUCCUGCUCGAUGGCGGACCUCAGAUGCCAGCUACUGGAGAGAUCUUCGGCGAGGGAAGAUUGAGCUGGGUCAGAGAGCUGCAAGACAACCUGGGCCAGUAA